AUCCGCCCUGCAGAAACGCCUCCGGAUCCGAAGCCCGACGCCGCCGCGACGACCCUUGUGGAGGUAAUUAAAUAAGAAACAACAAAAAACUGCCAACAUGCCCACCAAAGUGAAGGAAACUAAGGCCGCCCCUCGAGCUAGGACUGCAGGAACACCAAAGAAGGCUGCCAAGAAAGCCAAGAAGGUAGUAAAAGAGGAAGCCGGAGUCAUGGAAAUGAAAGUCAAGGAUAUCAAAGUCGAGAAAACUGAAGUUGCGGAAACCUCCCGCACCCAAAAAGACCCCCAAGACGACCGGUAAGAAGACCCCUAAGAAAGUGGAGUCCGAGGAACCCAUACCGAGACCAAGGAAAACGAGUCCCCUCCAAAAAAGACAAAAACAGAUCUUGAGGUACCUGAUGAAAAGACUCAAAAGAAGACAGGCAAGAAGACCCCAAAGGAGGAGGAACCUGAGGAACCCAUACAGAGGCUAAGGAAAAUGAGUCCCCUCAGAAGAAGAAGAAAACAAACCCUAAUGUACCAGAUGAAAAGUUGGAGCUUGAAGGGGAGCUGUUGGACAUGCAUGCCAAGCGUAAGACUGAUAUCAGUGAGCGAACGAUCAUCAUCAGAAUGAAGAAAUUCAAACAAGAGUACAUAAAGCAGAGGCCAGAUAUGUGCAAGGACGCGCUCUUCUAUGGCAUAAAGUUUGGAAAAUUGUGCUUCGUGGUUUACAAGUCGAAGGCGGAGGCUGAGAAGAAGUUGAGUAAGCUGAAGAAAAAUCCAGAAGUGAACCAUGCAUGGCACUGGAAGCAGCAGCAGAUCAAUGCAACGGUGAAUCCAUACACAUUGUUUGUUGAGCAUUUACCAGAGGGGACUACGGAGGAGGAAUUGCAGAAAACGUUCCCAACUGCCACCACCAUAUGCUAUGAUACAGACAAGCACUUUGUCAACCUGGCCUUCUCAACCAAAGAAGAUGCUGAGACAGUCUUCAGAGAAUCCAAAAAUCUGAAGAUGAAGGGUGUGGGGAUCACUGUACUCUUUGGCAAAUAUGGCUGUAGCUGGGAGAGGUAACCCAGGAAAGGAACUGAAAAACAAUUGAAACUUUCAACGGAUUGAAAAGUAGAAACCAGAAUGAAGAGGACUUUAUUUGAAAUUCCAGUACUUAUAUGCUCAUGUUAUUGUAUAUUAAAUCUGAAUGAAUAUUUGUAUUUUGUAUGGAUGAAAGUUAAACUUUGA